ACAAUCCCCCUAAUCCCAUCAGGGCAGUGGGGGCCAAGCGGAGCCGAGCUGGGCCAUGGCGGGCACACGGGCACACAGCCGUCUCCUGCACUCGCUGCUCUGCCAGCUGUGCUGCGGCUGUGGCUGCAGCUCCUGCCAUGGGCUCCGUGUGUCCACAAGCACCCGCAUCCUCUACACUCUCCUGCAUGUCCUGGCCUCUGCCGUGUGCUGCCUCAUGCUGUCCCGCACCGUGGCCCAGGCCGUCAGGGAGAAGGUGCCCUUCUCAGUGGUGCUGUGCAAACACCUGCCUGGGGGCACAGACUGCGAGCGGCUGGUGGGCUCCUCGGCCGUGUACCGGGUCUGCUUCGGCACCGCCUGCUUCCACCUGGCACAGGCCGCCCUGCUCCUCAACGUGCGCUCCAGCACCGACUGCCGCGCUCAGCUCCACAACGGGUUCUGGCUCCUGAAGGUGCUGGUGCUGGUGGGGCUCUGGGCCGCCAGCUUCUUCAUCCCUGAGGACAGCUUCAUCCAAGCCUGGCACUACACGGGCGUCUGUGGGGGCUUCGCUUUCAUCCUCAUCCAGCUGGUGCUGAUCACCGCCUUUGCGCACACCUGGAACAAGAACUGGCUGACGGGCGCCGCGCAGGACAAGCGCUGGUACCUGGCCGUGCUGCUGGCCACGGCCGCUUUCUACACCCUCGCCUCCGCCGCCUUCUCCUUCCUCUACAAGUACUACACCCACCCGGCCGCCUGCCGCCUCAACAAGGCACUGCUCACCAUCAACGGCAGCCUCUGCGGCAUCAUGUCCUUCAUCUCCAUCACGCCCUGCGUGCGGCUUAAGCAGCCGCGGUCGGGGCUGUUGCAGUCCUCAAUCAUCAGCUGCUACGUGAUGUACCUCACCUUCUCUGCACUGUCCAGCCGUCCCCCAGAGAGAGUGCUCUACAAGGGGCAGAACCUCACCGUCUGCUUCCCGGGCAUCCGGCAGGACGAGCUGCAGACAGAGGACACCACCGUCGCUGUCCUGGGGGCCGCCAUCAUGUACGCCUGCGUGCUCUUCGCAUGUAAUGAAGCCUCCUACCUUGCUGAGGUCUUCGGGCCCCUCUGGAUGGUCAAAGUCUACAGCUUUGAGUUUAAAAAACCCUCCUGUUGCUUCUGCUGCCCAGAGAAGAUGGAGGAGGAGCUCAGAGGCGCCGAGCCAACGUGCGAGCAAGCGGAGGAGACCGCCAGGGGACAGUGCAUCAUCCAGGAUGAGCGAGACCGGGUGGUCUACAGCUACUCAGCCUUCCACUUUGUGUUCUUCCUCGCCUCGCUCUACGUCAUGAUGACCCUCACCAACUGGUUCAGCUACGAGAAUGCGGUGCUGGAGACCACCUUCACACACGGCAGCUGGUCGACCUUCUGGGUGAAGAUGUCCUCGUGCUGGGCCUGCGUCCUGCUCUACCUGUGGCUGCUGCUUAGCCCCUUCUGCCUCCACGGCUCCCCCCAGCACCGGCGCAGCAGCUCGGCCCUGCGCGUCGUGCGGCGACGACGCGCUCAGCAGCGCAUCAGCGUCUCCACGUAGUCCCUGCUGGGACAGACUGUGCCCAGCCGCUCACAUGGCAGCAGCAGGGGCUGGUGCCUGCCAUGCCCUGUGCCUGUGCCCUGGCCCCGCUGGGUUCCACUGGACUCCCUCACCCCCAUCCCAGGAGACGGCGGCAUCUGAGAGCCUGAGGGGGACCCAGGAGGUGGGCGCUGACAGGGACACCGGUCCUGCGCUGAGCCGGGGCCACCCGAGGGGCUGGCCGGAGUGAGCCGGGUGGUGGGUGCUCAGCCCUGGCUGCUGCUGGGCUCCCUCCGGGCAGGGAGGCAGCUCCUGCCGCACACCGGCUACCAGUCUGGCUGCCCUGGCCCAGGGUCUGCCAGGCGAGCAGGGCUCUGCCCUGGCCAUCUCUGUGUCUCAGCUCAUCCACCGAUGGUGUGCUUAUUGUAAAUAACUUCUUCAAUACAUUUUUAUAUA